AUGAGUUGUGCGUCCUCAAGCACAGUGACGAGACUGACUUUACUAAUAUUAACUUUCGUUGUGUCGUGUUCCUUCAUCGCCAGUGUAGUGUGGUUGUUGCGAACUAAAGGCUCAGCUAGCCAAUAUGAGAAUUAUUACUUGUCGAGAAUUAAUAUAAGCGUGCGACAGGAAAGCAAUAACGCAACUACGCCGACCAUAUCGGAUCAUUACAAGGACUUGAUUAAAAUCGAGAUAGCGAUGCGCCGUGUGGAGGAGAAUAGUAGACGAUUGAAGGAGUAUACGAAGUCUUUAUUGUGGGAUAAUAAAGACAAGAGUCUUUGGUGUGUUUUGUUCAAAGACAAUGAAAGGGGUGCAAGGAAGCCGGUGUUACGGGAAAAAAAUAGACAUUCCAUAGACGAGGAAUAUAUACGGGCGUUGAGAGAACAGAAAAUGAGAGAAGCUGUAAUACAUCUUAGGCACCAUGGGAACCAUCACCGGAGACGCCCCGAUGCGCUACCUAACAUGCCCUAUAUAAAAUAA